AUGCCUUAUAUUACCCCAGAAGAUGAACUCAAUCUUGGAGGUUUAUGGGAGGGUGAUGAGUUGACGGAAAACUCGGAAUCUAAGUCCCGGUCGAAGAGACACACACGCUUUUAUGAAGGCUCAGGAGACUCUGAUGACUGGCUUUGGAUGAGUUCCUUUGCCAGAGUCCCGAUCGUGGCGUUACAGAGCUACUGCCGAGAAGCCCAGCUGUACUGCGCUGCCGCAG